GAACUGUAGCCCACGAAAGCUUAUGCUGAAAUAAAUGUCUAAAAUGACUUUAAUAAAGAUGCUGCAGUGUCCUAUUUUCUAGGCAAGUGGCUACGUUGUACCUAAGUCUGCUAAACUGAUGUACUUGUUUUGGCAUCUUUACAAGAGAGGACAACGACUCAUCAUAUUUGUGUAACACGCAGCAGUGGAGGUGUCUCCAUGAAUAAUUUAAAUGAUCCUCCAAACUGGAAUAUCCAACCUAAUCCACGGGAUAAUGGUGGUGAUGGAAACAAAUGGAAUUAUGCUUUGUUGGUUCCAAUGCUGGGAUUGGCUGCAUUUCGUUGGAUCUGGUCCAGAGAGUCUCAGAAAGAGAUAGAAAAAGAAAAAAUAGAAUAUUACAGAAGACUAACAUCUGUACAAAGAGAUCUUGAAUCAAAAUAUCGUGACAUAAUCACAGAAAAUCGUCGCACAGUCGCUCACUUGGAGUUGGAGCUUGAAAAGGAACACAACAGAACCCUGAGUUAUCGUGAAGCCCUAAUCUCCCAGAGUCGCAAAUUAGUAGAAGAAAGAAGAGUUCUAGAACAGGAACGUGAAAAGUUAGAGCAAGAAAAACAGGUUCUGCAGCACUCAGGGGCAGCAGGUGCCUUGUACCAGAGUUGUCUUGCAAAGGAAGCACAAUGGCAAAAGAGAGCUAAUACUGUAAUAAAAGAAUUUGAAGAAGCACUUUUAGAAAGACAAGAUAUCUACUGCAGUUUUGUGUUGCCCAGAAACCAGCGGCUAGAAAUAGAGAAAAAUUUGCUAGUUAGAGCAGCAACUGAUCCUGUUGCUAUGGAUAUAGAAAUGGAAAAUGGUUUAAAAGAUAUUUUUAAAUAUGAUACACAUUGUGGUAAUGUGCUGAACACAAACAAACGUCAAAAUGGAAGACUAAUGUGGCUUUAUCUCCGAUAUUGGGAACUAACUGUUGAAUUAAAAAAGUUCAAGAGAGUAGAGAAGGCCCUGUUGGAAAAAUAAUGUGGGGGGAAAGUGGUAGCAUUUCAUGCAGUAUGGCACAUGUAGUAUAUAAUGACUCGCUGGUAUUAUAAAGCUUCUAAUUCCCUGUAGUACAUUAAUCUAUUUUUCCCCUCCUCAUUGCAACCACAUUUGCAGUACUUUCCAUCCAUGAGAGUGUCUCCACUGUUGGUGCCUUUCCAUUGAUGGGCCAACAACAAAUGCUCACUAAGCAGUGCAGUUUACUCUGAGACUAUGUCAGUUGAAAGACACGCUUUGUGUUCACAGCCAGGCUAGCAGAGAAUGCUCCCAACUCUUGAUUUCCUGCAUGGCAGUGCAACCUCAUCUUUUUGUGCAACAAAACGCUCAGGAAAGUACUCGGAAGUAACUGUAAUAGUGAGAUUUCUUGGUAUAUUAUUUAGGCGUGAAAUGCUUUCUCUGUACCAAUGAAAAAAGUGUGCAAUCAUGUUUUCAAAUUAGAUUUGAAUUGUUUUCCAUGAUUGAUAUGCAAAUAUCAUUUUAUACUACAUUAUACAUAAAAGUAUUUGCUUGAAAUACAAAGACAGAAUGCUAUUUAAAAUAAUACAGAAGGAAAAUAAAAACAAAGACUUUGAUGCUUACUGAUAUUAAUGAUAAUGAGGGCAUGAUUAGUCUUAAAUCAGGAUUACAUACGAGUUAUAAUCUAAAAGUUGCCACUUAAGGGGAAUUCAUACAAUGGGAAAGUAAAACAUUUAAUCACUUAUUUUUCCUUUCAGGUCUCAGUUACCAGUUUGGAUUUUGCCCACAUUGGUAAUGCAAUAGGGCCUUCAGCAAUGACUGACUGAUCUCUAAUGGGUUGACUAUUUUAAGCCUAUCUCUAGUAGACAGAUAGCCACAUCAUAAAAGUCAUCAUCACAUGCAGCAGAGAUUUCAAGGAUUGAUUGGCUAUAGAGACUAAACAACUCCCUUAUCCUUAUAAGUAGUCCCCCCAGAUCAAGUGUGGAAUUAUAUUACCUUGGCUCAUGCACAGUGAGGAGUUGGGCAGGGAGCAAAACCAUCCCCUGGAUUGAUUUUGGGGAAGUAACUGACCAAAAGAAAUUUUCAUGGAAUUUUCCUCCUUGACUUCCCUCAUCUGGAUAUUUCAGUCAUGGGGUAAUCAGCCCAGGAUUCUGACCUCACUGUAGAAUUAAAUAGAAGAAAUUACUUAUUCACAGACAAAUAAAAAUAACAGUAGAGGAGUGCAGAAAAUAAAAUAUAAAAGCUUUCAUUUUUCAAGUCUGCCCUAUUUAAAGUGCCUCUUGAAAUGUUUGUUCUCUUCUGCAGAAAGAGAAAAUAUUAAUCACUUACAUAAAAAAAGAGCAAAAGGAAAAUGGAUGUACAGUAACUGAGAAGUAAGGUAACUGUUUAAAUUGAUUUUGUAGAUGUGUUUAUAUCAUUGUCAAUUUCUAUUAAAUAUUGUUUACAUUGCAGCAAGAUGAGCAGUAACUGAUUAUUUCAGAAUUAAUUUUAUUGAUCUCUAGGAUUAAUGUAGCAUAAUGUCUAACAUUAGGUAGAAAAUGAAAUAUGCUAAAGUGACAAACUUGAGCUAAAUUUGACCUAAAAUAAAAGUUGUAUAACAACUGUCAUUUACAGAAACUAAGACCAACAGAAGCAUAUCCAUGGCUAUUUUCCAAAUGCCAAUGGUUCUGUCUAUCUAUGUUCUUAUAAUUGCACAUUACUAUAAUAGCUGGCUCCCUCCCAAGGAAUAGAGAAAAUACAAAAGGCUAAUGCACUAUACCAGAGUUUCCUUUGUACUUCCCCAAGGUACUCAGGCAGUGGGUUUUUCCAUUUGUGUUUUAAUUUGAUUUGAUUUUCUCCUGUAGAUUAACAGCAUUGUCCUACUUCAUAAGAACCUGAAAGUUAAACUACUAAAAUCCAGAUUGGACGUGAUUUGGGCUUCUGUCCUACAUCAGGACUCACUAUCCCAGAUCCUUGCAUCCACACAGAGCACCACUGGCACAGGCUGAGGGAUCCAUUCUAGUAGAUCUCCAUGUAAGGCAGGGCCCAGGUCUUUUUUGUCAAAUCUGAGAUAAAUACAAAAAUAAAAAAUGAGCACCCAUUUCUAUUUUGAUAGACUGCCAUUUGUUUGGUAUGAAUUAAGACACAAUCCAUACCCUACGGAGUUUAAAAUUAAGUUAAAGAGUGAAAAGUAAUUUUUAAAAAAUUAUUUGCGUUUUAAUAAUAUGUUAUUUGUAACUUAAGUAAGGAUAUCGGUUUUCAAUAUUUUUAUCCUGUCAAUAACCCUUUUAUUAAUUGUAGGUACCUCUCCUCUUAAGGUUAAAAAUAAUUCUGUUUUGAUACAAAUGAGAAAUAUAUACCCAAUAUACACACUAAAGCUUUGUAAAUUUGUAUUACCUUUUUGAAAAAGGCCAAAAUGUUUAUCAUCUUGGUUUACAUUUUUGUAUAGUUUUAUCACUGAUACCAACUAAAAAACAUUUACAAAAAGAGGAUAGAGCAGCGAGGGCAAAAGAUUUUUCAGUUUAUAUUAGUAUUUAAAUUGUGUCAUUGUUUGGUUUAUUCCUAAUACAAUGUUGUGAGGUAAUCAGUGUAUCAAAAUGCAAGUUAGUAAAAUAGAGCUAUUUUUUUAAAUAUAAGAUUCUUCAAAGUUACGUUUGUUUAACAUUAGGUUAGUUAAUGAAGGCAGGACUGUGACUCAGAGGGGAAGUCCAAAAGCACAUAAUAGGUUUAGGAGCACAAGUUCCACUGACUUUUAAUGGGACUUGUGCUCCUAAAUCUCUUAGGCACUUUUGUAAUUCUCGCUUGCAAUAGAUAACAUUGUGUUGGAAGUUCCACUGUAAGCUUUAUUUUGUCCCUUAUGCUUCAAAUUUUGGUCUGGGGAAGUAAUUGAUUUGCAAUGUCCAUAUAUAAUGUAGGGUAUAAGGAUCUUUUUCAGAACAUUUCAUACUAUGUCUCUAAUCUACAGUUUUCAAUUAACAGUUAAUAAAAAAAUCAACAUUUUGCUC